GUCAGGCAGAUGCUGAGUUGCUGCUGUGCUGGGAUUAGAAGCUUCCUGAGGUGGGAGCACUGACACUGAACUGUCAUUAUUAUAGGUAUUCUGUGUAUUCCCUCACAUUUGUAGGAUAUGGCUGUUCCCAACCUGGAGCUGGACCCACUCUUCCUCAAAGCCUUGGGUUAUCUCCAUUCAAAAAGCAAAGACUCUGCAGAGAAACUGAAAGCCCUGUUAGAUGAGACCUUGGCUAGAGGCGGGGAUUCUAGCUUUCGACAGACACAAAAGGACAUUGAAACACCCAAGGUGGCUGCUAGCAUCAAAUCCAGUUCUACAAAGCAGGAAUCCAAAGUGUCCUCAUCUCUUUCAUUGGGCAACAAUGGUAAAUCCGGUUCCAUUGAGAAAACCAAGAAGGAAGCUGAAAAAAGACCUGGUGAAAAGGUUAAACUAGAUCCUUUGGAGGGGGUUGAUCCCCAGAAAAAAGCCAGAUUGGAGAAAGCAGAGAAUCGAUCCUCUCCCAUUACUGUUCAAUCCAGCAAAGAGCUGCCAAUGCCUGACCUACCUGGCUUCGAAAGUGCAGAGGACUUUGCCAUGGAAAUGGGGCUGGCAUGUGUCGUGUGUCGCCAAAUGACUGUUACAUCAGGUAAUCAGCUAGUUGAAUGUCAAGAAUGUCACAACCUUUACCACCAAGACUGCCAUAAACCCCAAGUAACGGACAAGGAUGUGAAUGACCCAAGGCUAGUAUGGUAUUGUGCCCGCUGUACAAGACAGAUGAAGAAAAUGGCACAGAAGACACAAAAGGCUGCUCCAAAAGCUUCCAACUCAGUUGCCAGUGCUGCUCCCUCAGUAAAGGAUCCCUUAGUGAAGAAACCUGAAAUGAAACUUAAACAAGAGGUGACCACGUUUCAAGCAUUCAAGAGAACAGAAGUAAAGGCAUCUUCAUCUGCUUCUGGCAAUUCCUCCAGUUCAAACACCUCCUCGUCUUCUGUUAGUGGACUUACAGGAUGGGCUGCCUUUGGAGCAAAAACAUCAACUGCAGCACCCUCGACAGCUAAACUGGGAUCGUCUGUGCAAAGCACCAGUGGAAAGCCCACAGCAUCGGCCUCAAAUCAAAAAGCAGUGGGUCUCUCUGGACUGGCAACAUCCAAAGCAGGACUGGGGUCGAAAAUGACCACAGCCAUUAGCUCCAGCACUGGAGCUAUAAAGCCACCCCCUCCCCUAACUCUGGGGAAGCCAAGUCUCAACCGAUCAUCCAGCAGUGACAAUGUUAGCAAGGUGGGCCUAACUGGGCCAGGCAACAGUGGCAACCAGCCCAGUGGUGGGAAUGGAGGGGGCACCUCCACUGCUACUGGCAGUAACAAUGGCGCCAAGACACCCACUGAAGUUGGCAACCCUUCUCUUGUUAAGUUGCCAACCUCUCAAGAAUCACAGCUUAACGCCAUGAAACGGCUCCAGAUGGUGAAGAAGAAGGCAGCUCAGAAAAAACUUAAAAAGUGAAUGUUAACCUGCCCCGAAUGGGUGUGCUUCUCUGUGUUUCUGCAUUGAAAUGCAGGCACCUCGUCAUUGCCAAGGAGACCAGCAAAGUUACACCAUGGAUCUGCCCUUGUACACAGAUGUCUCUUCCUGGUUUUCUUCCAAAGGUUUUUUUUUGUGAGCAAUGAUAGAGUACGUAGAAACAGAAACCUGGAGCAGGAGUAGGCCAUUCAGCCCUUAAUGCCUUCUCUCCCAUUCAAGAUGAUUGUGGCUGAUCAUCCAACUCCAGUAUCCUGUUCCUGAUUUCCCCCCAUCCCCUUUGAACCCUUUAGCCCUGAGAACUAUAUAAUUUCCUUAAAAAUAUUCAAUGUUUUGGCCUCAACUCCUUUCUGUGGCAGAGAUUUCCACAAGCUGAUAGCUCUCUUUGAGUUAUGCCUCAUCUCAGUCCUUAAUGGCCUUCUGUGUAUCCUUACACUGUGACCCCUCGUUCUGGACUCCCCUGUCAUUGGGAACAUCAUUCUUGUUUACCCUGGCUAGUCCUGUUAGAAUUUUAUUGGUUUCUGAGAUCAUAAUUCUCUCUUGUCCCAAAAGGCUUCCCAAAAUGUAUCCAAUAUUUGGUGGUGAGGGAGGGCCUUUCUCAUUCUGAGUGAGUUCAACCUAUAAGCUGCAGAAAUAAAGCGUUAAACAUGGAGACUUUAGCACAUGGGAACUGAGAGAUCCUGCUGUCUUAUGGCAAAGAAUUCAUUAGUUUUAAAGGUUGACAUUUUUAACAAUUAAUUUCCUGUCAGUCAUUUUUAUAUAAAGGUAUGUCUGUUCUAAACAGAUUGUUGGUGAAUUGGGUCAGUUUUCUGAUCAAAUGUGUUCCGAGGCAGACCUGGCUGAUUUAAGCGCACUGAUGAUGAUCUUGCUUAUCAAGUAAUGCAGUGUCUGUUUGUAGGGGCUGGUUACUUCUUGUGUGCUGCUCAUUACAAUGGCAAAUGCCGCCUUUCUUAACCCAUUCUGUGGUUUUCUCAGACAACAGGCAGAAAACUUACCCUGAAAUUUUAGUAACUGAGUUCUCGAUAGGCCAAAAACACUUUGCACUUCUCGAAACAAAUCUUGAAAGUUGAGUGAGAGACCAGUUUACUGUGAUGUUGAAGACAAGGGAGGUUUUAAUUCUGUGUCAAAUGGACCUUUUUUUUUACAUGUUUUGUCUUGUGUAUAUUACUUUCAGUGGAGAUGUCUCCAGUUGGUGAACUGCACUGGUAUU